CCGCUCUUUCUGCGCCUCCACCUCCACCUCCAUCCUCCAUCCUUGUCUCCAUCAUACGACUGCUAUCACCGUAUAUAAGAAAGCGAUCGUCGAGGCCGGCUCCGAAAGCGUGCAUCAUCUCGCGACGAGCAUAGUUCGCUAAUAUAGUUGUUUCUUGCGGAUCGGCAGCAAAAUAUUUUCGAGAUGACAUCUUUCGCGGGACUUUCGUGGAUCAUUGCAACAAUAAUCGCACUUUUUAGCAUUUGUAUCUACGCUCAAGGGCCAGCUUCGUCCAGUCAACAACUCGUAUCACAAGUCUGCUUAGGCUGUAUAUGCGAAGUGACUUCGGGAUGUAACACCACUAUCGGUUGCCAUGAUUCGGUUUGCGGACCAUUCGCUAUAACAUGGGGCUAUUGGUCUGAUGCUGGCAAACCAACACUAAACAAUGAGCCGAGCAAUACCGAUGGUGCUUAUCCCCGAUGUGUCAACGAUCCUUAUUGUGCUGCUCGUACGAUACAAGGCUACAUGGCCAAAUUCGGUCAGGACUGCACUGGAAACGGAAUGAUCGAUUGCGAUGAUUAUCUACGUAUUCAUCGAUUGGGCGGAUACGGCUGUACCGGUUCAUUAGACAGUAAAUAUGAAAAUAAAUACAAAUUAUGUAUACAAACUUACGGGCGCUAAUAAUAUAUGCAUAUCGUAUUGGAACUUCACAACAAUCCAUUAAUUAUCAUUAUAUUUAUAUAUGUUUAUAUAAAUAUUAUUACAUAUAUAUAUAAUAUAUAUAUCUAUGUAAUAUAUGUAUAUAUAAUAUAUAUAAUAUAUGUAAAAUAUACAUGAAUAUAUUCAAUAACAGAUGUAUUUUUAUCUCAACUUUUUGGAAUCGUUAAUUUUUAUCACAAUACAAGAAUGUCCGACACAUAAUUAAAAUCUAUUAAGAUUUGAUGUAUAAUGACAGAAAUGUAUAAUUCUACAUAAAACUAUAAAACAUAUAUAAAACGCAAAUACAUUUAUAUAAAAUUA